CUCCAAAAUUCCAAUAAACAAAUAGGUGUCCAUCAUUUUGUGUAGAGAUGGAUAAUCGGAGAGAAUUUCUGUAUCAGCACCGCUGUGAUAUACUUGGGUCAUAAAACUAGUAGACGAAUUUUAGUUCAUCGGUCGUCAACUUAUCCAGUGAGAUUAGAUAACAUGAAGGUUGAAGUUGUUUCAAAAGAGAAAAUCAAACCUUCUUCUCCAACUCCGCAUCACCUAAAAACCUACUCCUUAUCAUUUCUUGAUCAGCUUGCUCUGCCAAUUUAUUUUCCUCUUGUUCUUUACUACACGAGUGGCAGCAAUGACGACCCCGCCAAGACGAUCAUUGAAAGGGCUGAUGAGUUUUGCGGCGUAGUUAAGAAAUCCUUAGCUAAAACGUUAACAAAAUUCUACCCUUUGGCUGGUAAGCUCAUUGAUGAUAGAUUUGUAGAGUGUAACGAUGAUGGUGUUGACUACGUGGAAACCGAAGUAAUUGGUUGUCAACUCUCUCAACUUAUCCAACACCCAAAUGUCAUGCCUGAACGCAGGAAGAAACUCCUUCCCUUUAAUCCCAACGAAAUUUCGAAUUCUGUUACACCUCCCACACUUCUAUCAGUCCAAGUUAAUUGCUUCAAGGAAUGUGGUGGAAUUGUGAUAGGUUUGUACAUCUACCACAAGUUAGCUGAUGCAUCUACACUCGUCACUUUCAUCAACCACUGGGCUAAUAUUGCUCGUGGUAUUGCUGUUGGUGAUCAUGAUAAGCAAAUCGAGGGUCCAAGUUUCUCUUUGCAAUCUCUUUUUCCACAGAGAGUCGGAGACUCAACGAGUUACAAACCGCCCAACUCGGUUACAAGAGACGGACCACCUGUGACGAAGAAAUUCGUAUUUGAAGGUACAAGAUUAACUGACCUCAAGAGAAAAGGUAAAAUUGCAAACGAAAAUGAGGAUUUUCAAGAUCAAUACCAACCAACUCGUGUUGAAGCUGUAUCGGCUUUGUUAUGGAGGUGCAUCAUCGAUAUGGAUCAAGCCAAAAACAAGGAGGAGGUUUCUUCUACAAGGGCUUGCAUAGCAGGUCAUGCAGUAAACAUGAGGUCGAGAAUGGUUCCACCACUGCCACCAAAUUCCUUCGGAAAUAUGACUUGUUUGUCGAUUGCACUACACACCUUUACGAAUACUGACAGCACAAAGAAGAACCAUCAGCGCCAAAAUAUUCUGGCAGGAAAAAUUAGGGAGUCCAUGAAAAAAAUCGAUGGAGAGUAUGUAAAACAACUGCAAACUGCCGACACAUUCUCAAAUGCCUUGAAGAUCAUAAAGAACGAAAAUGAUUUUCCUCCGAGUGGUCCAAGACCGUUGAUGCUAAUUUUCACUAGUUGGUGCAGGUUUUCAGUAUAUGAAGCAGAUUUUGGUUGGGGGAAACCAAUAUGGGCAAGUAUUUGUACACUUCCUUUGAAGAACAUGGUUUUGUUAAUGGAUACCAGUUCAGGAGAUGGAAUUGAAGCAUGGGUAAGCUUGAGUAAAGAAGACAUGUAUGUAUUCGAACGUCACGAGGAACUUCUUGCAUCUAUCUCUUAGUAAUAUUGGGAUGAAAAUAAAAUGAUUUAUCUAAUCUUCUAUCCGCCUUUCUUAUUUUUAUUUGUAUGUUUUUGUUUCUCAAAUAUUGGUAAUUUUGCUCACCAAAACAGAUAUCCGGCAGGAAAAAAAGAAGGUAAUUUCAUUUUGAAAUGGUUCAUAAGAUUUAAAAGAACGCGCAACUGGGGAUGUGUAAAGUAAUUGGAGGAUAUGUUAA